AUGACACCUCGUCUCAACCUCUUUACGGCCAGGGCCACAUCCGCUCUGCGCCAAUCCACCACUCCCGCCCUCCCCUCCCGCAGCAUCGCCAGCCCUGCCCGUUUCCGCGCCGUCCAACCUAUCCAGUGCCGAUGGAAUUCUUCCCGCGAUGGCUCGAAGAAAGUCGAACCCCAGCCUGAUGAGCAGGCCUUCCCAACUGUUGACCAAUUGCCCGACGUGAGCGAGGAAGCGAACGAGAUCUCUCGGAUUAUUGAUAAGGAAAAGUGGUGCGAUGGCGUUCCAUCCACCCCGGAGAUGGACCAGGGUACACCGGUUGAGGAGAUUCUCAGCCGCGACAAGAAGGCCAUGAAGCAUAUGCCCAAGGUCAUGCAGGACGAGUUGAAGAAGUCAGGCACACGCUCCUUCUCGACUUCAGCUCGGAGCCGCAUGCCCGAAGUUGACGGACUUGUGCCGGGCAGCGGAGGUCCCAGCCCGGAGGCUGCCGCCGCUCUUGCCAGCAUGAUCGAGCAGGUGCAGUCGCAAGCCGUGGAGAACCCCGGCUUGAAGUUCGAUCAGCCUAUCGUUCCCCAGGAUCUCAAGACUUUGAACUACCGAAACCGCUACGAUACCCUGCAGGACCAGUUCACUAAGCUCCUGAUGGAGGACGGAAAGCUGACCAAGGCCCAGAAGAACAUGAGCACAAUCCUGGACCACCUCCGCACAUCUUCGCCUCCCCAGAUCAACCCCAAGCGCCGUCUGCUUGAGGCUCCCCCAGCCGGUCAAAUGCCCCUCGACCCUGUCCGCUACCUCACUGUCGUUGUCGACUCCGUCGCCCCUCUCUUCCGAAUUCGUCAGCAGAAGGGUAUCGUUGGUGGUGGUGCUGCCGUGCAGAUCCCUCACCCACUGAACCUGCGUCAACGCCGUCGUGCCGCGAUCAAGUGGAUCAUCGAUGGAUCUGCCAAGCGCCGUGACCCUGUCUUUGCGAACCGUGUUGCUGCUGAGGUGGUGGCGGUUGCUGAGGGCCGUAGUAGUGUCUGGGAUAAGCGAGACCAGCAGCACAAGAUUGGUAUCUCUGGUCGUGCCAACUUGGGUGUUACCGUUCGUCGCUAA